AAGGGAAACUCGUAACUGAUAUAUAUAGAGGAUAUUUCCCAAGCAUUGCCGUUUAAAGUCACAUUUCGCUGUUUGGGACCACAUUGCAGGAAAGCGAGCCGUCACCAGAGCACCCUAGUUGGGAUUAUAAUCGGAACACAGGUUUCUAGAUCGCAAGGAUGAAUCCUCAGCAGCGGAUUGCCGCUCUCGGAACAGACAAGGAAUUAAGCGACCUGCUGGAUUUUAGUGCGAUGUUCUCUCCACCUGUGAACGGAGGCAAAAACAGACCCACUACCCUCGGAAGCAGCCAGUUCAGCACACCAGGUUUGGAUGAGCGGACCACUCAAGCAUCUUGGGCCCCAGGUGGCGAGUCCAGUCCUUCCUAUGAGUCCUCCCGGGGUUUUGCAGACAGCCCUCAUUACGCCGAUCAUUUGAGUGACAGUCGAUUAGUGUCUCAUGAAGGAUUGUCCCCGACACCUUUUAUGAACUCAAACAUAAUGGGUAAAUCAGAGAGGGCUACAUUUCUCGGCUAUGGAAGAGAUCCAGGGGCUUCUGUCUGCCAGUCUUCCUUAAGGCCAGACAUCCCACUGGCAAGUCCUAAUUCAGUGACUACGCCAGCAAAGUCCACCGCUCCAUUUUACUCCUUCACUGCAGCGAAUCCCAGAAGACGUUCUCUACAAGAGCCUCCACCCGUCGAUCCUCCACAAACAAAAAAGGUUCGCAAGGUCCCUCCUGGCCUGCCUUCAUCUGUGUACGCACCGUCUCCAAACUCAGAAGACUUCAACAGAGAUUCACCCUCUUACUCGUCUCCCAAACCCUCUAGCAGUAUGUUCGCAAGCACUUUCUUUGAUGGUACCCACAGUUCUUCGGACCCAUGGAACUCGUCCAAUGGGAUCAGUCAGCCUGCCUAUGGGGGGAUGCUCACAGGAUCUUCAUCUCACAUGCCACAGUCAGGAAACUACAGCAGCCUGCACUCACACGAGCGUUUGAAUUACCCCGCACACUCAGUCUCCCCCGACAUCAACACCAGUCUUCCUCCUAUGUCCAGCUUCCACCGGAGCAGCACCAGCACUUCCCCGUUCGUCACCGCAGCUCACACCCCGUCCGUCAACACAGCCGAUGGCGUCAUGGCUGCUGCAAAUCGGGGGAACGCCACUGGAAGCUCACAGACUGGAGACGCACUGGGCAAGGCUCUGGCCUCGAUUUACUCUCCUGACCACACUAGCAGUAGUUUUCCAUCCAACCCAUCGACGCCUGUGGGUUCUCCUUCACCCCUGACGGCCACAGCAGGCGCUGCCACAGCAGGUUCCGUGGUGACUGCUUCUGGAGCCCCGUCUGCGAGGCCAGGCACCAACCAGUGGCCCCGCGCCGGCGGACACACCCCAUCCUCCCCGACGUAUGAGAACUCGCUGCACUCGCUGAAAAACAGAGUUCAUCAGCAGUUACAUGAGCAUCUCCAGGAUGCCAUGUCUUUCUUAAAGGAUGUCUGCGAGUCUCGAAUGGAGGAUCGUCUGGACAGAUUGGAUGAUGCAAUCCUGGUUCUGAGGAACCACGCAGUAGGCUCCACCGCCAGUCUGCCCAGCGACAUACACAGUCUGCUGGGACAGGCACCAAAUGGACCAAUAGCAGCCAUUGGAGCAAACUUCCCAGCGUCUGUAUUGGUUCCAAGUCGAACAGCGGCGAUGCAGGGUGGGUCCCACGCUGACGACGCGGCCAGCCUCAACAACAGCCACGAAGGCCUGCCCAGCGCCAGCUCCACUUCCAGCACAGACCUCAGCCACCAAGUGGAAGCAUUCAGAGCAGGUCUAACGUCUGCCCUGGCUGGCCAGGUGCCCGCCACCCUGGAACUGAAGGUGGAAAAGCAAGACAAAGAUGACAUGCACGACAGCCUCUCCACGGACAAAUCAGACGACGAGAGCGACAAAAGGGACAUGAAGACACCCAGACCAGGCACUCGCACAAGUAUCACUGAAGAUGAGGACCUGAAUCCGGAGCAGAAGGCUGAACGUGAGCGCGAGAGGAGGAUGGCCAACAACGCCCGCGAGCGCCUGAGAGUGCGAGACAUCAACGAGGCCUUCAAGGAGCUGGGGCGCAUGUGCCAGUUGCACCUGAAAAGCGAGAAGCCCCAGACCAAACUGCUCAUCCUCCAUCAGGCCGUGGCUGUCAUACUUAGCUUGGAGCAGCAAGUGAGAGAGCGGAAUUUGAACCCCAAAGCAGCCUGCCUUAAGAGGAGGGAGGAGGAGAAGGUGUCCGGAAGCUCUGGGGACACUCAGCAAGGGCACACAGGGGUCCAUCCAGGCCUGACCGACACAUCCAACCCCAUGGGCCACCUCUGAGUAGAAGGCAGAUUUAAUCGAUGUGGAUCGUUCCUGUCCCGCCCGAGUCGGUUGACCGUGCGUCCCAGCGACAGACAGAACUCCCAGUGUGUCGCACCAAUUGGAGGAGACAGACCAGCUGAAGCAAAGCAACGAGACUAACACAAUCCAACCCUAAGACUGAAGAGGAGCCAAGCGUCCGGCUCCCUGUGACCAGCUUUCAUCUGCAAAUUUCUCCCCACACAGAAAAAAUCUUCAGCACAUAUCACAAGACGUCUGCAAGACGUGUGUUGCUUCUGAACAAUCGGAGACUACACAAUCUCCUCCAACCAUAUGUGGAAAUUGCCUUGUGCCUAAACUGAAUUGACGAAUGCAUUGUAACAGCAAUUGUUUUUGUUUGUCUGUUUCCUUUUUUCUAUUUAUUAUGUUAUUGAGCUAUAAAGUGUAUGUCUAAAGGGAAAGUAAGUCAAUUCUAAGAGAAGUAUGCAGCAUUUCAGUUGAUCUAUAGUUUGCCGGAGUCACCCUGAAAACUGAGCACUCCACCCCGGAGAAAUCUGAGAUGAGGGGAACCUAUUUGGGCACUGAAAAGAUUGAGAUUAAUUUAUUAUCCUGUUAAGAGUGAUAUUUAUACCCGAAUGAAAGUUAUGAUUAGUUGUUAGAGCUGAGAGACUAAAGCACCCCAUUUAAAAAAAGAUUGUAAGAUUGUAUUUAUGUUUUAUUCAUUCUGCAACUGGCCGCAUGUGUAACCAAAACUGUUCUUGUGUAGUUUAGAUUAAUACCUGUUGGGAAAAAAAAGACGCGUCAUCAACUACACAAUCAUCGACAAGGUGACAGACGAAUGGCAAACUCUAGAUUUACUGAAAGCUCAGAUUUAGUUUGUUGUGAUCUGGUAGUGAGCAGUGAAAACACAGAGCAAACUUCAAACCUUAGCAUUCCCUUCAUAUUUUAGUGUCUUAACUGAAGGAAAAGGGGACUUCGCUGCCCUUCAGUCCUUGGCCAUAUAGUGUUAAAUGUAAGCGGUGACACGUUUUGUCCUUGUUUAGCCUCCUGACAGUUACUUGCUCCUGUUGUGGCUUGUUUUGUUUCCUUUUGUCAUUUUUUAGCCACCACCUUAUCACAGAUCGCUUAAUGAAGUAGUAGAAACUAAACGACGACCACACUUUGUCUUGGCCUGAUGAACAUAUCACUUUUUCAAACUUCUCUUUUGUUAAUCGCAAAACAUUUAAAACGCUUAAACAUCUCAGUCAAAAAGUUAUUCUGCUUAUUUGUGUUGUAACAAGUCCGUUCUUGAGGCUUCCAGCAUUAUAACGUCUAUUCUCAGAGCUCUACGUUACGUCUCAAUGAAGUUUUGAUCCAAGCCGUGACAUCAUCCAGACAGUAAGACUAGAUAUUACAUGGAUUCUGUUUUGUAGAGAAGAACUGUAGCACAAUAAUGAACAAAAACAGGAUUUUAUUUUACAUUUAAAUACAUCGUUCAUGGAUUUAGUUUGUUUUUCCCUGCAUGCUUUGUGUUUCUGCUUUUAUUAAGUUCUUUUGUCUUAAGACUCGCUUUAUGUUCAAUUUAUUUCUUCAUGUAUUGUCUUCUUACAUUAUCUACACCCAAAACGAGGCGGCCACAUUCAGAACCUGACUUCUGUACUAAAGGGACUUUCAUUAGAAUAAAGAAAGCCACACACAAGAGUUUACAGUAAAGAUUUAACAGCUUACAUUGUUUUAAUGAAUGAAGCCGAGUGGUUUUUGUCCAUUCUCUGACUGAAUGUGGCCUUGUUGUUCGUUUCAGUAUUCACCAGCUCGUAUUCAUGUCGGCAGGCUUUGAUGGAGGCUAGAACGUUUCACUUCCUUCUCUCUUUCCUUCAUUUCUUGAAUUUCCUGUUUUUCUUAUAUUUCUUUUCUCCUCUGUUUGCCAAGUUACACUUUGCUGUAUUCCCAGAUGCUUUCCCUUGUAUAAUAUAUAUAAAAAAGAACAUCAAAAGGAAAAAAAAACAUUUGGCUUAUUUUUCACUGUAGUUAGCCUUUUAUACAAUAAUACUGUAAGAAUAUUUCUUGAAUUCUAAAUAUUACUCUUUCUAGAUUUUUGAAAGCGAAAGUUUUGAGUAAAAAGUUUCUUACUUUAUUUUACUAUAUUAGAUAGUAAAAUGUAUGGUUAUUUACCAUAACCUGCCAAUUAUUACAUGAAAUUGACAAACGGUAUCUCAUAGCUGAAUUGUUGCUCGUAGAGUAGAAUUUUAAAAAGCUUUGAGCUCCAGAUUCGUAAAAACCUCUUACUCAAUCUCAGUUGCUGAUUAAUAAAAGAAAAAAAAAACAUUUGUUCUGGUGUCAAAAGAAAAGGUAUUGUGAUACACACAAAAAAAAAGAGAAACACGACAUUGAGAAUUUGAAUUUUCUGUCUUUUUCAACAGAAAAAUACAAUGUAUAUAACAUUUAUGUUGCAAUAAAUGUGCCAUCUUUUUUUAAACUCAA